GUGCUUACGGACAUCAAUGUGGACACCGACAUCAAGGUAGCGGUUGUGAAGAAGGCAGCGAAGAAGGCGACAUACAUCGAGCCGAAAGUUGAAAUUUUCAGACGAAACAAGAAAGGGCGGAAGCUGAUGGAACAGGAGCUAUCAAGGCUCUUGGUGGUGGAUGCUGAGCGCUUCAAGGACCGGCCGAUCGUGGACCCCACAACGAAGACCAUUCAGACAAAGAAGGCCAAGCAGUUGCCGGCACCCAUGACGCAGCAGCACCUCAUCGACAACAUUUACAGCUACAUGCUCGCCACAUUUGUCCAGAUCCGCAGCCCGUCUCAGUUCGCAAUGAAGGUUCAUGCCGAAAUCAAUCGUUGCGGUCGCGAGUUGCUCAGCAACCCACCAUCGAGACAUUCCUUGCUGCAGAUCGUGGAUGCGCUUCUCGAUUUCAAGCAGUCAGGGCCUUGCAUGGCCCUGGAUGCGGCUGCUGCAGUCGAGGAGGCAGCUGAAGACGAGGAUGCUUCAGCUUUCGACUAA